AAAACUUUAGAAAACGUUUGAAAUUAGAUUUUUUGCAAAGCUUCAUCUGCAGUCAUGGCACCGAUUUUACUCAACUGUAUGGGAAAUGACCACAAUGACUAUAUCAAGCAACUUGUCCAGGUGAAAAAUCCCUACUUGGAUACAAUGGAGGAGGAUAUUCUCUACCACUUCAACCUAGGCACCAAAACUCACAACCUUCCAGAAAUGUUUGGAGAUAUCAAGUUUGUGUGUGUUGGUGGCAGUGCGAAUCGGAUGAAGGCCUUUGCCCAGUUCAUCCAUCAGGAGCUGAAACUGUCUGGAAACCCAGAGGAGAUUAGUGACAUCUGUGAGGGAACUGACCGCUACUGCAUGUAUAAAGUGGGACCAGUGCUCUCUAUAAGUCAUGGUAUGGGUGUCCCUUCCAUCUCCAUCAUGCUGCAUGAGCUCAUCAAACUGCUGCACCAUGCUCAGUGCCAUGAUGUGGUCCUGUUUCGCCUUGGAACUUCUGGUGGUGUUGGUCUUGCUCCAGGGACAGUGGUGGUCACAGAAAAAGCAGUGGACUACUCCUUUCGACCACAGUUUGAGCAGGUGGUUCUGGGUAAAGUCAUCACCCGGAGUACUGAGCUGGACGAGGGAGUGGCCCAUGAGCUCCUGCAGUGCUCAUCUGAGCUUCAAAACAUCCCGACAGUGAUCGGAAACACCAUGUGCACACACGACUUCUAUGAAGGGCAAGGCCGACUUGAUGGAGCUCUCUGCUCCUUUUCUCAUGAAGAAAAACUGGAGUAUCUGCGGAAAGCAUAUGAUGCUGGAGUGAGGAAUAUAGAAAUGGAGUCCACGGUGUUUGCUGCUAUGUGCCGAGUCUGUGGCCUCAAAGCGGCUGUAGUCUGUGUUGCACUGCUGAAUCGAUUCGAUGGAGACCAGAUCACCUCCCCACAUGAUGUCCUGGUGGAGUACCAGCAGAGACCUCAAGCUCUGGUGUCCCACUUUAUCAAGAAACGCCUGGGACUUGUAGUCUGAGAUACCCUACAUCUCACACCUUAACCUAAGCUUCCCCAAUGAGAGUGUACAUAAUUGUGACUUACUGUAUAUGUGGAUAUGUGUAUAUACUGUACUAAACAUGUUGAUAUAGGCAUUAGACUCUUAUUUAAAAAGUUAAUAUGAUUUCAUUUAUCAAGCUAAGAUAUUUAGUUUGUUGCUUAUAUGUAAGUAUGUAUUGUGUCUUCAUAUUUAAUGCUGUGUUACUGCUUUGUACGUUAAUGUUAAUUUUCUAAAGAAUGUGUUCUGUAUCUUGAUUUCAACAUUAAACAUAAAACACUAUGAAAAAAGUUGAGAAACGUGCUUCACAUAUCAUCGAUUGGAACAUAGACCAACCUAAUGCUGUCAUUAGAGUCAGGUGCUUUAUCUUUGGUAAAGGAGAUGAUGUGUGUCUUCCUACCAUGUGUUCUAGUCUUGUGUUUAUAAGUGACCAAAGACAUACUAUGCAUUAUGUGUUUAAGCUUGUUUGCUGCAAAAGGAAACUUCCUGAACGUAACAUAGUUAGUCAAUAAAUGUGCAGACAGUCCUAUCACUCAGAAAUACUCUGUUUUUCUGUUUUCUGCAUGAGAUGCUGUAGAGUUUAAAACCUACAAUAAAAGUCAAUAUUGAUAACUG